CUUUAUAGUAACUGUGAGGACAAGAGUUGGCUGCUCGUUCUGUCUCUGUCUAAGCUGAUCACUGUGGGUUGUUAAAGCUGCUGGGUCGGCUGCUCUGUGACUCUCUUUAGCGCUUCUGGCUGUGGAUGUGAUAUGCAGCAGAAAAGGAAGCUGAGAUUUCAUCUUGCAAAUGAUACAUGACCGGACAAUUCAUCACACAAGGGUAGCUGUUUACUGGAGUGCGUGCAAAUGGAAGGAGGCCUGCUGAUUUCACCAGUGAUGACCCACGCUCUGAUCUCAAUGGAGAAUCUCAUCUACAUCAUCACCGUGCCACUGUCAACCUCUAUCAUCCUGGCCAACCUGGUCAUCAUCCUGGGCAUCUCAUGCAACCGCCAGCUCCACAACACGCCCAACUACUUCUUUCUCAGCCUGCUGGUGGCUGAUAUGUGCACAGGCGUGGCGCUGCCCUUCAUCCCGUUGAUGGGUCUGAACCGGGAGCUGAGCUUCAGCUCCUGCCUGGUGGCUCACAUCUUCCCGAAUUUCCUCUUCUUGGCGUUUUUGUCCAACCUGGUGAUGGUCCACUACGAGCGCUACAUAUGCAUCGUCGACCCUCUGCACUACAACACCUUGUGGAUGCAUCGGCAUUUCUCCCUCGCGCUGCUUAUAGUGUGGGCACCGCCGCUUUUGUUUGCGUCUCUGCCCGCUUUCGGGUGGAGCAACUGGUCCGGACCAGACUGGAACGACUGCUGUGAAAGCGCCGCAAAGUUUCCGCCUCUUUCUAACUGGACGGCCAAUCUGACGUUGUGCUGCUCCUACAGGCGGGUGUUCCCCAACGCCUUCAUCUACUUAGAGGUGUACGGCCUCGUUUUACCGGCCAUUCUUUUCAUCGCUGGCAUGACCGGACGUGUACUGUGGAUCACAAGAGGCCAGAUGAAGGACAUUUGCCGCCUCCAUAGAGCGGUGGAGCGAGGAAACCAGGCGUCGGACCAGAAACAGAGGCUGAACUUGCGGUAUACCCGCUGCUUAGUGGCGGUGUCACUGACCUUUCUGGCCUGCUGGGUUCCCUACCUUAUUUACAUGCACGUCUGUAUAGCAUUUCUCAUCAUUGACACCAAGCAGAACUCCAUCACUCACAUCGUGUUGUCCUGCAUCGGCAUCGGAAGCAUGGCCGUGGUGCCGAUGGUCCUCGGUUUGGCCAACAAGCAGUACACAGAACCAGCGUUCAAGCUUAUCCAGAAACUCAGAGACAGGUGGAGGGCGCGGGGCUCAGACGAGACUGCAAUCUGAAAUAAUGCUGUGUGUUAAUAUUUAUCGAGUUUUUCUGCAAGAAUCGGUAUCGGAAAGAGUUUGCGGCAGCUUAUUUUACAGUGAGUUGAAUUAUGGUACCGUUAAGGUAAUAUUUCAUACCAAAGGCAUCAUAAAGUCUUUCUAAAUGUCAAAUAGUGACGUUAUUAUCUCCAGUAGUUCCCUUACCUGCAGUAGAAAAAUGUCACAUCGUCAUAUGUUAGAAAAAUAGUCAUUGCCAGAGAAGAGGGAGGCUAACCACGGCCAUUUUUGUUCUUGCUCGAACUAAAUUAAACUUAACUUGAACUGCAGAGCUAGUAUAAGGGUUCAAAGUAAAAGCUUUUCAAGUUGCACACACAGUAACAAUUAAAUUAGUGCAAAAUUUGUUUAUUUGGUAAAAUUAACCAAAAUUUUACACAAAGAAAAACAUAACAGCUUUAGUACAACAAAACAUACACAGGCUACUGAACAGAAAGCUGUUUGUUUUUGGAAAAUAGAGAAAAUAUAUAUAUAUAUAUUAUUUGUGACAUAAUAAAGAACAUGCUUGAAAACACAGAAAUUUCAUUUUAGUACUGGCUUUAUAUUUAUUAGCAUUCUUCAGAGCCACGUGUGGCUAAAUUGCUAAAAAUCUGCUAAAAUGGAUGGAGUGGUGAAAGGCUAGCCUUCUGCCACUCCUUCUGGAUGAAUGCCGCCCUGGGCAAGUGCCUCUUUCUGCCACCCAGAGCACAACCAAAUAUAUGCUCACACACCCCACAAAGCCCUGUAAAAUGAUAUAUCACUAGAAAAUAUUGAUCUGUUAUUAAUUGAUCUAGAAAGAUGGACAUGUAUUGAAUAGUUUUCAACUACAUUAUUAGGAAAUCUAGGAAUUUUCUCUUUUUUUCCCCCAAUAUCAUAUACUAAUAAAUAUUUCUCAAACCAUCAACAGUGUCUUUAAAGAACUGCAUAAUUCAGUUCAAUCGAUUUGAAUUUGCAUGCAUUUAUUUAUUUUUUAUUUAUCUUAGUUGUUUAAUUUAUAAAUGUAAAAUAAAAAUAGCUAGAAAUCAAUUUUAAAAUGUAAUGUGCUAUUUUUUUCCUUUUGACAUUUCUCGUCAUUUGUGGAAGCUCUGACUCCAUUAAAACACUAAAAUAGUGCAAAAAUAAACUAUAAAAACAAAAAAUAAACUGCAAGUAAUACAAACUAUACCCCCAGUCAUUUUGAGCAUUGGCCACAGAGGGGCGCCAGCAUGUAAAUAUUAUAUUUUCUCCUCUAGUAGAAAAUCUGUUUUAAAAACACAACUGAAUGUAUUUACUUUUCAAAGAACUUAACUAAAUGUAAUCUGUCUGCUAAAGGUAAGGGAAUCACUACUAAUACCUUUCAGAAAUGUUUAAAGGUCUUCAACUAUGACUUACCAUAUGCCUGCAGUGACCUACAACAUAGUUAUAAGAGUAGCUCCACUUCAUUCUUGAUUACUUCAUCUUGUUUUGUUUCAAUUAUUAAUUCCACACCAAUAAAUAACCCUUGAUUAGCAUCCAACUUGGAUAAUUGGUUCCUUUCUAGUUGAGCAGAAGUUACCAAGGCCCCCUGAACCCACCUUUUAGAUGCACCCGUGAUUUGAGAUGAAGAUACGAUUCCCUUUCACAAUAUGAAGCAGUAAAAACAGAAAAUGCCCUGUAGGACUGUCCAUUUCCUAUUACUGUUCACUAUAAUCUCAGAGAAAAAGGGAUUCAGAAGUCUUUUAAAGCCUUCAAGUUGCCUCUGGGUGGUAAAGCAAAGAUAACUAGGAAGAAGAAGAAGAAGAAAAGAGCUGGGCCAUCUAAGGCAGAAAACCAAAUACGUUUCCUUUUGCAUCAUAAAAAUCUUUAUGUCGUUUUAUCAGAUGUUUCUUCAUUUAGCCUAAAAUAUUUGUGCGUCACCUUAAAAUUAUGCAAGAAAUAUCCUUAUCGCGGGAAUCAAGUUAGUUUAAAUUUUACUUGAAAGCAUGUCUGCACAUUUUCGUGUCAUAAUUAAUAAUGAUCAGGGACAAAUUAACAGCAAGGAAAAAUUUCUAAUAGGAAAAAACUUAAAAUUGGGCAAAACAAAUGUGCGUUGCCCGGCAACGUCACUGUCCAAACAGAGGUUAGUGUUAAAGAAAUGCUUCUUCUUGUUUUCUGGUCCAAAUAAACUAACUUUAGUUUUCUUUUCUUUUCAUUUAUAUAAUUUAAAACACAUAAAAUCGCCAGACAAGAAGAAACUGAAAAAAGCUCCUGUUGUUACAUUAAUAUGGACUUUUUUUUUUCUGUGUAUACAAUUGAAAUUAAUUUGGCUGUUUAAAACAAAAAAUGUCAUAACACAAGAACCUUGCAUUGUGCAAGACAAAUAUGCUUCACCCGGCGACAGCAUAAUAUCCAACUAUCUUCUGCAUAUUUUCUCAGUACUGUUGUGUCGUAAUCUAAAUCUUGAACUUUAACGUCAAAUUUUAUAGAAACACCACAUGAAUGCAUUUGUGUUUAUUACCCAUAUCAGUGUUGUACAGCUCACAGAUGAACAUGAUGUCAGCAUUUUUUGUGCACAACCUCAGUUGAAUAGAGUCAUUGAUUUUCUCCGUCUGUCAUUUCUCCCUGCUGACCAGGUUUAUUCUAACUUCCAUCAGCAAUGUUUAUCUGUAUUCUGGUAUGCAGGCUGUGGAGGAAAGAUGGAUGCAAGGGGCAACCGCGAAUAAAUCUCCAAGACAAGAGGGGAUUUGGCCUGGCAACAAGAGCAUGCACGACAAGAAGCUAUGAGUUUCCAUAUGUUACAAGUUGACUGAAUUUAUAGUUGACAACAUUUAUAGUUCUCACAAUUUAAGUCUGAUGCAUAGACAUCCUCAGAAUUAAAGCUGUCUGAACAUUAAUUAGAACAUCUAUUGAUGGUAAUAAUGCACAACUAAAAUUAUGUUAAUAUCCAACCUUGAAUUUGAGUUAACUACUUCAGUGAAGAAACAAUUUCGCCUUAGGGAAUACAUUUUUUUGUCUCAACUCUUCCAAAUGAAAAAUACAGAAAAUCAAAACAAUACAAGCCCCUUUACAUUUUAAGCUGAUAUUAUUUAGUGGGAUAAAAGAUAUAUUAAUAAACAAUUGUCACAUUUAUCUUCUCCAACAAAAAACAAAACAGGGGCAGAACA